AUGAAGUUCUCCGCUGCCUCAAUCAUCUCCGCUGCCUGCCUGGCCCUCACCGUCUCUGCCCAAAAGCCCGUGACAACAACUACAUCCUCGUCCGUCUCUGCUCCAGUCGUGACCGCCACCAAGACCUCGACUAUCACCAUCCCCAUCAUCACAACCAUCACCAUCGGCGUCCCCACCAUCAUCAGCACCACCGUCGCGACUCCUACCACCUCUUCUACCGGUACCAAUGGACCUUCUCCUACUACUGGACCUGGUUCUGGCAACGCCGGAAAUGCCCUCCAGGCUGUCAAUGCCAAGGCCGUUUUGGCCGUCGGUGCCGGUGUUGUUGCCCUUGCUCAGUUCUUGUAG